AAUAACAUUAUAUUAGUCGUUUAACCAUUGGAAAUAUUACAUUAAACGUUUCUUAAUUACAUUAAAAAAUUAGAAAGGACAAAGCGAACUUGAGUUACCUAGAUUAAAUAAAUAAUAACUCUCUUCGACCAAACAUAUCCAUCUUUUUUAAGCCUCACAUACACAGCCUCCCAUUUAACAUUUGCUCCUCAGCAAAGCAUCAGCUUCUUCUGCUUUCAUUAUCUACUGAGAGUGAAGUGUAAUGGACCUUCUCUUGUUGGAGAAACCUCUAAUCGCCGUCUUCUUGGCGGUGGUUCUCGCCAAAAUGAUCUCCAAGCUCUGCAGCAAGAAACUGAAGCUACCUCCUGGUCCUAUACCAAUCCCGGUCUUCGGAAACUGGCUUGAAGUCGGAAAUGAUCUAAAUCACCGUAACCUCGUGGACUACGCUAAGAAGUUCGGAGACCUUUUCCACCUAAGGAUGGGUCAACGAGACAUAGUCGUCAUCUCUUCACCGGAUCUAGCCAAGGAAGUGCUCCAAACGCAAGGUGUAGAGUUUGGAUCCAGAUACAGAAACAUCGUCUACGACAUCUUCACUGGGAAAGGACAAGACAUGGUGUUCACUGUCUACGGUGAGCACUGGAGGAAGAUGAGACGUAUCAUGACGGUUCCCUUCUUCACCAACAAGGUGGUCCAGCAGAACCGGGAAGGAUGGGAGUUCGAAGCUGCGAGCGUUGUGGAGGAAGUGAAGAAGAACCCUGACGCGGCCACGAAAGGGAUCGUGGCGAGGAAGCGUUUGCAGUUGAUGAUGUACAACAACAUGUUCCGUGUUAUGUUCGGUAAAAGGUUCGAGAGUGAAGAUGAUCCUCUUCUCCUCCGGCUCAAGUUCUUGAACGGGGAGAGAAGCAGGUUGACUCAGAGCUUUGAGUAUAACUAUGGAGAUUUCAUUCCUAUCCUUAGGCCGUUCCUUAGAGGCUAUUUGAAGAGCUGCCAAGAUGUGAAAGAGAGAAGACUAGCGCUCUUCAAGAAGUACUUUGUAGACGAGAGGAAGGAGAUUGCGAGUGCUAAGCCUACGGGAAGCGUGAAAUACGCCAUUGAUCACAUCCUUGAAGCUGAAGAGAAGGGAGAAAUCAAUGCGGACAACGUUCUUUAUAUCGUCGAGAACAUCAACGUAGCUGCUAUUGAGACAACACUAUGGUCUAUUGAAUGGGGAAUUGCGGAGCUAGUGAACCAUCCUGAGAUUCAGAGCAAGCUAAGAAACGAAAUCGACACGGUUCUUGGACCAGGCGUGCAAGUCACAGAGCCUGACCUUCACAAGCUUCCAUACCUCCAAGUCGUGCUCAAGGAGACACUUCGUCUAAGAAUGGGUGUACCACUCCUCGUACCACACAUGAACCUCAAGGACGCUAAGCUCGCUGGCUAUGACAUCCCAGCAGAAAGCAAAAUCUUGGUCAAUGCCUGGUGGCUAGCGAACAACUCUGAGAGCUGGAAGAAACCUGAAGAGUUUAGGCCGGAGAGGUUUCUUGAAGAAGAGGCGCAUGUGGAAGCAAACGGUAACGACUUCAGGUACUUGCCGUUUGGUCUUGGACGUAGAAGCUGUCCUGGGAUUGUACUAGCAUUGCCCAUUUUGGGAAUCACCAUUGGUAGAUUGGUACAAAACUUCGAGCUUUUUCCUCCUCCGGGACAGUCUAAAGUGGAUACCACUGAGAUAGGUGGACAGUUCAGCCUGAAGAUCCUUAACCACUCCACAAUCGUUAUGAAACCAAGGGCCGUCUGAAAAUUGACCUUUUUGAAAUGAAUGGCAUUAUAACGAUGUUUGUAAAAUGUUUUGAAUAAGCCACAUUGUGUAAAAUCUUUAAAAGGGUUCGUUCCACAAUUUCAAGAAUAAAUGGUGCCGUUCAUUGUUUUGAAUGAAAUGUUAUUAUCAUUUGACAAUGUGUUUGACCCACCGGUUUAGCCAUCCGUUGUACUGGAGGAAGAUAAAGACAGCCUUAGUUUGCCUAGGUUAGCAUCUAAAUUUUUCUGUUUUAGUUGUGUUAUAUAUGCUAUAAAUAUACUGACACCUCUCACUAUUUCAAUGAGAGGUCUUUCUCGCGUUGAGUGCAUGUAUAUGUUUUCCUUAAAAAUUCAUGUGUUGGGAUUUUUGGAAACAUCUGUUUGUCUAUUAUUAGGACUAUAAUAAUAAAGUUAACACUUGAGUGUGAGAUAGAAUCAGGAGGAGAAAAUACAUGUAGAGACUCGUUCCAACAAAUGAUAAUAGUGCUGGAAAGACACACCCUUCAACUUGUUUGUUUAAACAAGACAUUGCUCCUUGGCUCUUUAAAAACUUAGGUAAGAAAAAUUCAUACCCAUAUCUUGUGUCUUUUAUUUCAAGUUAUCUCUAAAUCUGAAAUAAAGAAAAUAUUUAUUCUUGGGGAUAAGAUCCACACAGCGUAUGCCUUUGCACCUACUUUUACAUGCCACCGUAUUUGUCAUUUAGUCACAUUACCCACGUUCUCCUCUGUAUUAUUUAAGAUGCUUUUGUGGUUCUCUCUGUAUAAGCCCAAAUACCAAUCACAUGAAACAUGUUUUUACCAAAUUUAGAUAGGCGUGUGUUGUGAAAACUUUGUAUUUUUAUAAGGUUCCUAUAAAAUCUAUAAUAAUAAAAAGAUAUUUAUCAGCCUUCUUUCCUACACUCAGGAGAGGCUAACAUAUUUAUUAGCAUGACAUAUUUAUGUUUUCACAAUGCAUAUUAGUCUUAGUCUUAACAAAGUUUGUACUUUUUAAAUUAUGUCAAUGUCGCAUAAUGAGAUUCCUUGAUAUAAGUACUAUUAUAGUUAUACUUUAAUUAUUAAGAGAAAAUAAUACUGAUGUAUAUUGCAAGCUGGGAACGUGAGUCCCAAUUACAGCUGUGUGCGUGUAUCAGGGCAUUAUUAUAGCUUUUAGCAAUUGGUUUUAUUUCUUACAUGCCGUCCUAAAAGGUCCUUGGAUGUUACUUGCAAUACCAAUAUCCGAGUAAGUAAUAUAUAUUGUUAAUUUCUCAGUAUACAGCAGAAAAAUAUUGCGGCCGUUUGUUUCUCAUGUGCAAACAUGUUUGGUACGAGAUUGAUACUUGCUACGUUGGCCAAGAUCGCGUGAUGACAACUAUGUUUAGAAGAGGUUUCACAUGGCCAAAACAGAAAACGUUCACCUAAUCAUAUCAAACUCCACAAUUAAUUAGUACGUUGAUCUCAAUCUCUAUUCUGUAAUUCAAGCCAAUCAUUGAAUUUGAUCUAUACGUUUGGAUUUAAUUGUAAAACAGUAUUAUUCAUAGAUCCCUCUCCUUUUUUAAUUUGAUUUGAAUUACAUUAGAUUUAUUGAUGUGUUUGUUAGUAUUCUUAAGUUUGUUUCUUUAGAUCUUAAUAUAAAUUUUGAACAAAACCUUUUUUCAAAAAAACAGUACUAUUCAUAGUCUUUGCUGAUUGCUUUUUUUUUUGCUUUUUCUUAUGAUGAUGGAUUAUUCGAAUCUUCCUGUAAGUUCAAUAGUUUAGUGUUAAUUUUGAUUUUAAUAUGGCAACAUACAAAAAGGUUAUAAUGAAUUUUGAUUUUAUAAUAUGGAAUCGUGUAAUGUCGAUCUAAUCUAGUGGUGGUUCGGAGUUCGGACUAUCCAAGUCCGUGUUUCAUGAAUUAAUUGCAGACUACCACAAUAUAAUAGAUUUUUUAGCAACAAAAAAAAUAUAAUAGAAGGAAAAUGGGCAAGUGGUCAUGGGUUGAUGAUUGAUCCAGUGCCCCGGUCCAACAUCUUAUGAUGCCCCAAGCCAAUUAAAAAAAACUAUGCCUUUAUAUAUAAUUCAAAACUAGAUUUUAACCCGCACAUCCGUGCGGAGAAUUUUUAAUUUUCAAAACUUUUGAGCUUAAAAAAUUAGAUGAUUUUUUGAUAUUUUUUUGUUACUAAACUAAUGCAUUAUUUUAUAUAAAAAACUCAAAAUUUUGAUGAAAUCAUUUAUAACUUUUUUUAACAUUCUUUGUCAUAAUUAAAAAUAAAUAUUAAAUUAAUAAGUAAAAUUGAAUUCUUUUAGUAUCUUAAAUGAAAUAAAAAUUAAAGUUUUCCAAUAGCAUAUUUUGUAAAUCAAUACUAUUAAAACACAAGGGGCUUUUUUGAGGUGCCCUUAUGUUUCAACCAUAUUUACAACUUUCUGCCACUGAGAUUUACUUUAAACAUAUACUUUUUAUUUUGCAAUAUAUUUUAAUCCAACAACUUUUUAUUUUUUUUAUUUCCUUUCCUUUUCAGCAUCACUAAACAAGAUCCUCCAAUAUACGAACUAUAACAAUAUAUGUAUUGAUUGAACCAGAUUUAUCAUUUAUUAAUUUUUCUGUAAAAUCAUAAAUGUUCUAAAACAUCCGACCCAUUUAAUUUUAUGCUACGUGAAAUUCCAAAACCAUUGCUUUAGCUUUAGCAAUAUGAUGACUGUGUAUUCUAGCAAUCAAAGAAGUGACACCAAAGCAAUACGAUGAUAUGCUAUAUCUCAUAAUUGAUGUCUUCUAGAAGUGGGGUAAACAUUUGUUUCAUAUGAGGUUCUAAUAUUCUAGCAUACUGGAAAAUAUCAAAAUCUGUAUACAUUUGUUUUUUUAAAACUAAAAUCUGUAUACAUUUGUUUCAUAUGAGGUUCUAAUAUUCACGAAGAUUGUGGAUGUGUGACCAACACAAAAUCUGGAACUGGAAAUAAAAGAGAUUACUAAUUUCAUUAUAUUCUAAACAUUUUCAAAUUUGCACCAGAAAACCAUUUAAUAUAAUUGACAUGUGUUAUAUAAAUUAUACCAAGAUUUGUAGCCGCAAAUCUUUCAAAUAAAUUGAAAAUAUAUCUAUUUUAAUUUAACUCUAAUCGGAACCAUAUCGUACACACAAUUCAUAUAAAUGUAAACCUGCCCCAAUUAAUUUUAUCAAACUCCGAGAACUCAAUAUAGCUUUGGUGAAUCCAAGUAAAACGUCCUCUACAUAUUUGAAAACUGACACUGCAUAAUCUGGUGAAAUGUUAGAGAUUAUAUUAAUUGCAUAUAAGAAUUUAAGUGGAUUCAUUAACUUCUUACUAUAUUUAUUCCAAAAAAAAAAAACACUUCUUACUAUAUUAUUUAUUUAUUUUCUUGAUAAUAGUCCUACAAUCAUUCUUAUCAUUUGUUAUAUGGUGUUAGAAAAUCAUAUCUCAAUCGGUUGGAGAGGAUGGUUCAAGUUGGAGAAUGGAAAAUCAUUCACUAAUAUUUUACUUUUCUUCAUCUGCUCACAACAAAAUCUAAUAUCUAUACUAAUAAAAUAUAAGCCCUUUUUUUAGGACUUCUUCAUUUGCUUUAGUAUUUAUAAGUGUACCAUUUAAUUAUAGUAUUUUUUUAUUUUAAUAGUUUUAGUUAUUAAGAUUUAUGUCUACAGAUAUUUUUAGGAAACUAUAUAUAUAUCAGUUUUUAUUAAUGGGUCUAAUAAGUCUCCACUUGAAUUGUUUUGUUUAACUAAUGUUCUUUUUUUGGUCAACAAAAAAAAAUCACAACUUAAAUCAUAAAUUUAUGUAGAAGUUAUAUAAAGGGAAAUUCUCUCAAAUAGUCCACUUUAAGUUUUUGUCACAAAAAUAAUAUUCAAAAAAA